AUGACGAAACAACCGGAGCUGAAGCUGAUCAAGACACUUUGGGGAAUCGAUGACCCUCUCUCACCAGAGCUUCUAAAGAGUAUCAAAGAAGAAGGUUACCACGGAAUUGAAGUGAUCCGACUUGCUUGGACAUUCGAUAAGGAUUUGCUGGUCAAAUCAUUGAACGAAUCCGGCUUGGCAGUGGUGUGCCAGAUACAUACAUCAGGAGGAUAUUUGAAAGACGACGAGUACAUUUAUUGUGGUGCAUAUGAUGUUGCUUCACACCAAGAAGACUUGAAGAAGCAACUUUUGGAAUGCAAGGAAUUGAUUGAUAUCGUGAACGUGGGUGGAUUUAUCAAUAUUCAUGGAGGGCUGGAUGCUUGGUCCAAGUCGGAAGCCCUUGAAUUUCUAGAGUUUAGUCUGAAAGAAAUUGAGCAAACGGUUCCUGAAACGAUGGUCACAUUUGAAACCCAUCGACAGCGCCUAUUCGGCAGUCCCUUUCAAACACGAGACCUCUUGUCAUCACCAUCGCUUGCCAAGCUCAAGUUGAAUGCCGAUUUGUCCCACUGGUACUGCGCCUGCGAGCGAGUCUUUAAUCCAAACGAGGAUCGUGACAAAAUAUGGUGGCCCGAACUGAUAAAGACCAUAUGUGGUCACUGUGAAUACAUCCAUGCUCGAUUUGGAUGGGCCCAAGGUCCACAAAUGAGCGAUCCGUCAGCCAAGGAAUGCGACGUCGAACGAACAUUGCAAUUGCAAGUAUGGAAACAACUUAUGCAGGAGCAACUCAAUCGAAAUCCAUCGCCUGUAUCCAUUUAUGCAUCUCCUGAAUUCGGACCGCCCCCGUAUAUGCCAGUCAAACCUCAUUCUCAAGAACCAGUCGCAUCAUUACCAGAUGCUGUAUCUUACACAAAGAAAGCGCUGGAGGAAUUGUUUGUAACUCUAUAG